AUGCGAAUAGCCACGCAAAGGAGCUGGCUGCUAGCCGGUCUGCCAUUGGCAGGUUGCGCAGCCUCACUAAAUUCUCAUACGGACAUCGUUAUGUUCAGCGACAGUGACGGAUUUACCCAGGGGACAAAAGAAAUACUAGGCAAGCCGGCCGUAAUCUGGGAGGCGACUACGUUCAGAUGGAAUAUCACAAACACGAGCGGUACCACAGUCAACACUGUCAACCUUUACAGCAACACUACGAUAAUCGAGCCUGCCUCGCUUCAAAGCCUUGCAAAAAACUCGCAGAAAAUCGGGAGCUGGCCAGAUCUAACCUUAGGUAUGGCGCCUCAGGGCGAUAUCAUCACCUUGCCAACAUCUACGUCGUAUCCCGUCAACCUCGCCGUUGAGACAAAUGCUACAGGAGGCUCGGUGACAAUUGACAAUAUCUGGACUAUCCUCAACCUCAACAAUCCCUCAGCCCAGCCAGCCCAGCCAGCCCCGCUGAAGCUGCUGUACUUUGAUGUUGUCUGGAAGAACGGCGGCAAAACGGGCAGGAGUUACAGCCGGCUCUUCACAACAAUCGGGAACAUUGCGCCAGACCAUACCAUACUUGAGGGUUAUGGUUUAAAUCCUUUGCUCAACAACACUGACCCGGUCUUUCCGGAAGAAUAUCCGAUCAGGGACGACUCCGAUGGGGGCGGCCAGUCAGCUGGAGUCGGAAAGCCAACCGAAUCAUCUUCUCCCAUUCCAGGGGCAACCUUGGCCACCCCGACCAACGACGGCGGCCCAGUCAGCAGCGGCACCGGAGAGCCCUCCAACCUCAAGAGCAAGAAAGGUAUCUCCAUUGGCGCCAUCGUUGGAAUCGCCAUAGCCUGCGGCCUCCUCGGCCUUGCUCUCAUCAGCGGCAUCGUCUUUUUCUGCCUCCGGCGGCGCCACAAGCAAAACGCCCUUCGAGACGGUACCAGUCGCGGCGUGCCUUACGGGGGCUUCGCCGGCGGCGGCAAUCGGAACGGCGGUGACGAGCUCAUAGCCGAGAAGGAAGCCAACGCGGGCGUCAUCCACGACGUGACGAGCGCGCCUCACUCGCCUUACUCUGACGACCUCGUGGGAAUGGGUGGCGCCGGUGCCAACAGGAAUAGCGGUAGUGUCAUUAUUCCUAACAUUGAUUCUGGCGUUUCUCCUCAGGUGGUUCUUCCCGGAGUAGAUGGAAGACUAGAAGGAGAUGGAGACAGCCCGGUUUCGAACGCCCCGUCCUACCACAUGAUGCAGCAGCAGCAGCAGCAGCAGCAGCAGCAGCAGACACCGCACGAUCAUCAGUCUGGAAGGUCUUUUACCAUGUACUCUGAUCAUCAGUCCGGAGGGGGGGAAGGAGGAGGGUCGCCUACCACUCUGCACAGCGGCGGUGGCGGCGCACCAUCGUUCACACACGGGGGAGCAGGCACCGAAAGCAACCGGGGUAGUCUGAUCAGCCAGCAGCAGCAACAGGGCAGGAGCUUGUCAACGCCGUAUGCUCAUUUGGUCGAGGAAGGCAUGACAGAGGAGGAAAUCAGGAGGUUGGAGGAGGAGGAGCGACAGCUUGAUGUGGCCAUUGAACAGCACGCGGGAGGGCAGAGGGGCUCCAGGCACCUAUGACGAAUGCUUUGGAAAGUGAAGAUAACCGAGCAUAGCAGUUGGGGAAGAGGGUGAUGAUAUGAGUAUUUCCUUUUUCAUUGUUUAUCUUUGGGAAGUUGCGUAUGUCCGUAUCAGUAGGGGCGAUGCUACAAUAUCUGAUGGUUAUGAAUUAAAAAAAUCCUUGAUCAGU